UGGGACUCUGACACAUGGGACUUGGUGGGACUGUGCCAAAUGGGACUCUGGAACAUGGGACUCUGGGCACUGGCACAUGGGACUUGGUGGGACUGUGGCAAAUGUGACUCCAGGCACAUGGCACUUGGGGGCAUGCUGAUGCGGGUACCGCGUGGGUUUUGUGGGUUUCGACCAUUGGCCUGCGUGUUUGUUCAGGCAUAACCACAGGUCUUGGGAGAUAAUAUACCUCCUACCUGCCGUUCUCCUACCUGCCGUGGUAGUAAGUAGGUGGUUUGGCAGGGCACUGACUGGGCCAAGCCACACACUCACCUUGAUGCGUGCAGUUGCUGGGAUGCCUCUCAACUUCCGGUCAAAGCUCAUCAACCGUGACAGGAACCGGGCUCGUUGCCCUUCGCCUGCCUGGGUGUGAAUGCUUCUGCAUCUGCCGCGUUGUUUGCUUGACGGAUGGAGAACGUGGUUGGUUAGUCUGAGUAGGUAAGCAUUCUCCUUGAGGUGCGGUGGCUGGGGCGCCUUCGAACUUCCCGAGAAGCUCGGCCUUGAAAAGAACUGGUAUUUAUUCGCCUGCGUUUGCAUGUUUCAGUGCCAUCUGCGCUGACUGUUUGAUGAAUGGGCCACUUGUUUUUUUGUGCGAUCGGGACUCGGCAAUGCGGUUGGAGCUGAUAGUGUUCGUGCCGGGCUCCUGCAUCGAUCCUACUACCUACCUGCUCUGUGGGGUUGCCUGUGCUCUGCAUAUGCUCCCAGGACGGACCGCUCACACCCAAAAUCUAACUAGGAGCUUUUGAACUCCAACAACUUAAAUAUAUACGCCAUUGGGAGCCGGGGUUACCAUGACUGCUGGCGUGCACCAAUGUCUACAGCUCUUGUUGAUCGCUUCCAAGUUCCAAGCCUGCUAGGUAGGGGAGAUUCCGACACGGGAAAAAAACACUUGUAAGGCAUCUCAUCUCGAGAUCCCUACAGCAGCUUAUCCCACUGAUAUAGUUGGAAAGACAUCCUGUAAUUUUUAUUAUUUUUUUUAAAUAAUAUAUAGGACUUCUUUUUGCAUCCAUGUUAGUUUUUUCUUUUAACUUUCUUUGGGUCCGUUUUUGAUGGAGUAAGAUUAUCUGUCGUUGCCGAAGUUGCAGUUCGCAUUCUGUGACGUAGAUUGAUAAAAGUCAAAAAAAGGUGAAAACGGAAGAGUGACUGCUUUGGGCCCUGAGGAGGUUUGAAAUAUAGUUUUCGACCAGCAAUAAAUCCGUCUCAGUUAGGCGUUCGUCUAGGCGAACACCAAAAAAAAAAAAAAAAAAAAAAAAAAAAAACUGCUUUGCAGCAGUCGAUCCUUUGGUGAUGAUGUCAGCAUCUAUUUGCUCGUAAAUCCUUUACUGAACGUGGUUAAUUCAGACGAUUCAAAGGAUUUACCUUGUUUUUUUUUUCCCUUCUUUUUAUAGCUGUUUCUUUUUUUCAGCUUUGAGUGAGCAGAGAAUGGCACUCGCUUCUGCUCUGCCAGCAGAAGUGGCUGGUGCUGCUACCGGGACGUGCUAUGGAAUUCGUGGCUCAUCCGACAAGUCUCUCGGCUCGGUCAAUGUGCCAAGCCAAUGUCAGUCGAAAAGGCCGGCAAGAUGUUCUCGUAAAAAGUUGGCUCGAUGCGUUAGCCAUCCAUGUUAUCGACCAGCGCGAUGGUCUGCGAAGCUCUCGAGCUGUGGGGCUGGACUUGCGAGUUCUUCUCUUGCAUUGCAUCACACUGCUAGUUGCUUGAAGGGCUCCUCACAUCUAGGGACCGCGCGCCAGGUCCACAAUUCAUUUGGCCGACAGUGUCACUGUGACAUGCCGAGGUUGUGCUGUCUUCUGCACCGUGUGAAGUGUAGUCAGCAAUGCUGCUCUGAUUCGAGUGGAGGUAACCCCGUCUUCCGUGUAAAGGCCCAUGGAUGGGUACCCUCUGCACUGACACCUCUUCGACGCUUCAAGAUCUGUACAUGUGGACAAAACCAUAGCUCCAGAUCGCCUACCGAACGACCUGGGAGCCAUAGAUUUGAGGCGAAGAAGGCAGAGGAUCAUUCCGAAGAGAUGAAAAGGGAAUCCGCCAAUGCAGGGACGAUUCAGGCACCGUGUGGACCUGACCAGUCACUCAACAGGACUGAGAAAAACAGCCUUCUUGACCCUCAGCCUACUCCGUCAUCGGGUCCGUUUGUUGAUAAGAAAAACUUGCAAGGAGAAGGAUCGCCUUCUGUUCCAGGCGGUCCUCCUGUUCCUGGAACAGGACUGGGACCUUCUCUUCCAGGAACUCGACCACCUGGUCCUCCUGUUCCUGGAACAGGACUGCCUGGGCGGCGGGCAUCGUGGUCGCCUGGAUAUAGGCAGGACGAGAACCGAGGGAAGAGAACUCCAAUCCAUCGUGAUGUCGGUCGUCUGAUCGACAAUGCCGUGGCAUUUGUAAUGCCUAGGGAGAAAGGGGACCUUCGUGACGUGAUUCUAGUCUGCCUUUCAUUUAGUGUGCUGGUCUACCUCUCCCAAAAGCUAGUCUGCGUAUACUUUGCCAUGCAUUACUACGGCAUGUGAUGAACUGUGAUGUCACUUCGUGUACUAGCAUAUGAUGUCUCCUAACAGCCGCGGCUACCGGUAGUUUGUGCACAAUUUCUAAUCCUCUCUAGGAUAUCGACUACCGGUAGUAGUAGGACGAUUGCAUCUCAGUUUGUGUACUACCCCGCCUCCCCCCGAAAAUAGCACACCCUGGUAAUGAAUGUAUAUAAGCUAUCUUUUGCUCCGGUGCAGGCAUAUAAUGAGGAGGAAUAUGUUACUACCUAACGGCUGUCUAGCUCGCUUACGCGUGUGCUAUGCAUCGCUAUGGAAUUCCGUCUGUUGUGAUGAUGGGCAUAAUCCUGUUUCUUCCUUUCCUGUUUACAUUUUUUUGUUCUUUGUUUUCUCCUUGACAGCAAUGCUUUUUUUUUUUUGUGUGUGUGUGUGUGUUUGCUUCCAUCUUUCAUCUAUUUUCAUGGAUGUUGGUUGGUCUUGCUGCAGAAACCAACUAUUUCGUGGCUAGCAGCAGCUCGUGGACGUGUUCAUACUGCAGAUAUAUGUACUAUUGUAGGUUCUACCGCACUAACGCCUUCAGGUAAAGUUUAGACCACCAGUACGCCCGGGCCCUGAGGCGCUGCGCUGCGCACCAAGCUCUCCUUAACCACUAGUGGCACACUUCUUUUUUCUUUUUUGGCUGGUGUUGCCACCCAUCGUGGUCCGGUGGCUCCUAGCCGCGGAAUUUUCAGAGUGGCCCCUAUCCUUAUCCAUUGGGGGAUAUUCUGUAUGUAUCCUUAUCCAUUGCAGAAUACUCUGUAUCUGUAAUGAUUCUGUAUCCUUAUCCAGUGCAGAAUAUUCUGUAUGUGUGUAUCCUUAUCCAUUGGGGAAUAUUCAAUAUUCUGCUUUUACUCUGAAUGGCUCCCUUUCAUAGGCUGGGGACAAAAAACUUGUCAUAGGCUGGGGACAAAAAACUUGUCAUGAAAUAGAUAGAUGACAAGAAUAACAGUGAAACCACCAGUGCUUUUCCUGGGCAUUUUUCUCUAUGUGGCCGUGCAUGCGCGGCGGCUUUCCGAGCGUGGCCUACCGGAGCGGAAUAGCUGGCAACGCCAGCCAAAAAGGAAAAAGUGCCAGUUUGGUGUUUUUUUUUUUUUUUGGCGCGCACAGGGGGAAUCUGCUCUGGCAAAAGGAAGCCUCCAAGUACUGGUGGUCUAAGAUAAGAUGACACUUGUGUUGGACUUUUGCAGUCAAUGCCUGGCCUUCAGGCUUUGGGUCGUCAACAAAAAAUCAUCUGUAGAUAUAUAAUAUAUAUGCAGAUUCAGCGCAUUUGUUGCGGAACAAAUGAUCUGUAGAUAUCUGAAUCCUUAUCCAAUGCAGAAAGCGAGAAAGAUAAUUUGUUGGGUACUGCCAUCCAUCUACUGAGUCCUGACCAAUGUCGAGCCAAUACCCGUUGAAGGCCUGAAUGCUUCAAUGCCGAGAUGCUGCAGAUGAUGAUGUGUCAGGCACAGCAUUGCCGUCCUCACCUGAAUAGAACGGCCGGUUAUUAUUUCUGCAUCUGGAUUCUGGACUGAAAGUUUCCCUAAAUGCACAGCUUUAAUGACUGGGCUUUCUAUUCGGGGGAACAUUUCUGGAUCCAAAGUAGCUCUAGUUAUGGAUAGAUGAAUGAGCCGCCAGGCGCUCUCAUGAGUGUUGGACUUACUGCUAUCGAGUAGUAUCGACUGAGAACAACCACCCGCCUGGUACGUUUUGGACUAUUGGUUCCUGUAUAGCAUACAUGCCCCCCCCAAAAAGUCUCUUCUGGGCCCAAAAAAGUCUCUUCCAGGCCUUUGUCUGCGGUGGCACUGCCUGGGAAUAAUAGUUCAGUGAGGAUGUGACCAUUUUUGCAGAUUUCAGCAUAUUGCCAUGAUUAACUUUUAACAAAGUUAACCUCAAUUAUUAUGGGUAUCCUCUUCGUUACUGUACUAUUAAGCCACCAGUACACGGCCAUACAUCGGCCGCGGUCUCCUUGCUGCGACUGUCAGAGGUCGGAAACGCGACGAAGGCCGUUGAUGAAAUUGAUCAAUGGCGGCCCUGCACCGAUCUGUUCGGAGCAGGCCACAAGUUCUGUUCCAGCAAGGCUGGGGCCGUGCACUGGCGUUUAAGAAUGCUGUUCGAGUGCGCUGCUCCAGUGGCCUAUGGUCCUCUUCUAUUACCCUUCUGCUUACUGAAGAGCACCUUUGGACAUCUGUGUAAUCCUUUCCACGCCAGGAG